AUGUCAGCAGAAGAAGCAAAAAAACAGGACACAGCUGUCCCUGAGCAGCAGAAACAGGACGAGUUCAUCAAGAAGUUGGAAGAGGACGACGAGUUCGAGGACUUCCCUGAGGACGACUGGGAGGAGCCCCAGAACACAGACGGCAAGCAUGAUCUCUGGGAAGAGAGCUGGGAGGACCACGACGACUACAAGGACAAUUUCAUUCAAAGACUACGUCCAGCAGAAGAAAUAACGCCCUCUACAAGCUCACAGCUAGACAAAAUGGCCACGCUAGAAGACUUGGAAAACAAUCAGGACCUACAGAUUGACCAGGAGAUCUUGAGCUCCUCCACGACAGAUAUCAAAAAUAGGACAAAGCUACUAGAUAACGAGAUCAAGAUCUUCAGGUCAGAGUUCCUCAGGCUACAGCACGACAAGACCGUAAGUUUGCAAAAGAUCAAAGACAAUAAGGAGAAGAUCAAGAAUAACAAACAAUUGCCUUACCUUGUGGGAAAUGUCGUUGAGUUGCUAGACAUUGACGCAGAGGAGAACGCCACCAACGAGGGUGCCAACAUUGAUCUCGACUCGACGAGAGUGGGGAAGUCGGCAGUGAUAAAAACGUCUACGAGACAGACGGUGUUUUUGCCGUUGAUCGGCUUGGUUGAGCCAGAGAAAUUGAAGCCAGGAGACCUCAUUGGUGUGAACAAAGACUCGUACUUGAUACUCGACACCUUGCCUGCGGAGUAUGACUCCAGGGUGAAGGCCAUGGAGGUCGAUGAAAAACCAACGGAGUCCUACGCCGACAUAGGUGGUUUGGACAAGCAAGUGGAAGAAUUGGUUGAAGCCGUCGUCUUGCCUAUGCAGCAGGCCGAAAAGUUUAAGAACUUGGGUAUCAAACCACCAAAGGGUGCGCUAAUGUACGGGCCCCCAGGUACUGGUAAAACCUUGUUGGCCAGAGCGUGUGCUGCACAGUCCAAUGCGACGUUCUUGAAGUUGGCUGCUCCGCAGUUGGUGCAAAUGUUCAUUGGUGACGGUGCAAAGCUGGUUCGUGACGCCUUCGAGUUGGCAAAGGAGAAGGCCCCAACCAUCAUCUUCAUUGACGAGUUGGAUGCAAUUGGUACCAAGAGAUUUGACUCAGACAAGUCGGGUGAUAGAGAAGUGCAGAGAACCAUGUUGGAGUUGCUAAACCAGUUGGACGGUUUCGGAUCGGACGACAGAGUCAAAGUCUUGGCCGCAACCAACAGAGUCGAUGUCUUGGAUCCGGCAUUGUUAAGAUCCGGCAGAUUGGACAGAAAGAUUGAAUUUCUAUUGCCAUCCGAAGAGUCUCGAGCUCAGAUUUUGCAGAUUCAUGCUAGAAAGAUGACGGUUGACUCAAGUGUAAACUGGAAGGAAUUGGCCAGGUCUACGGACGAGUUCAAUGGUGCACAGUUGAAGGCAGUCACCGUGGAAGCCGGUAUGAUUGCUUUGAGAAAUGGCCAAUCCUCGGUCAAGCAUGAGGACUUUGUAGAAGGUAUCGGCGAAGUCCAAGCAAGAAAGACAAAAUCUGUUUCUUUCUACGCUUGA